AUGUGCUCAUCGCUCGCCGGAGCAGGCCCCGCCGCCGCCGUUCCAGUCCGAACUGACCUCUCUCCUCUUCAUCGGCACCGGAACCACCUCCACGCCUGUGGCUACGCGUCAUCUGCUGUCGCUGCAUCCCGCUCCUUCUCGCCGCUUUCCAAUCUGUCAAUUGCCCCUCGCCACGGGGAGGGGCAGAUCUGCCGGAUAGCCGCCGGUGCUGAGAGGGCGGAGGCGCUGCCGGAGAAUCCGGACGAACAGAAGGAGGUAGGGUUUUGGAUUUCGUUGCUGUGGUUUUUGCCGUGGAUCGGAUGUCUGAUUAGGUUUUCUGGAAUCUCCCUUCUGUCUGAUGAUGCAGAGAUUGGGUGUGGCGGUGAAGGUGGCCGAGGGGAAGCCGAGGAUCGUGCUCAAGUUCAUCUGGAUGGAGAAGAACAUCGGGCUAGCCUUGGACCAGGUGGUGCCGGGCCAUGGCACCAUUCCGCUGAGCCCCUACUAUUUCUGGCCUCGGAAGGACGCGUGGGAGGAGCUCAAGACACUGCUUGAGGGUAAGCCCUGGAUCUCCCAGAAACGCAUGAUCAUCCUGCUCAACCAGGCCACCGACAUCAUCAAUCUGUGGCAGCAAAGCGGCUCCGGGAGCUUGCAGUAG